AGUGAGUGCAACAUCUGUGGCGGCAAGCAACGUGAGCCAUGCUGCAGUGUCAGGUGAUACAUUGUAGUCUUCGGGGGGACAUUAUCACCUCCACAAUCGUCGCUGUCCAGGUAAUGGCGGGCAUGGACACGUACAGGGAGCUCUGGGGAAAUCUUUGAUUAACUCACCCGUCCUUCCAGGAUUCAGGAUUUCAAGCGAUUCCUCCGUAAGGAUGUGCAUGGUGAUAUUCCAAAGAUGUUUUGCAUUUAGACGAGAGUGAUUCCAACUGCUUUUCGCUAACUCUAUGUUUAGAUACGAAAAGGUUCUGUGGGCAAGAAGCUACAAAUUGUAACUGCACCUGGACGCAUCUGGAAGCGAAUUAUCAUGAUACAAAUUUGAAAGGCAAAGCUACAGUGCACACAUAUUGGAUCCAUUGAUAUGUAAAUGUAUAAAUGCGUAUCACAGUUGGCACUACUUAUGGAUGAGGACAUAUAUAACAGAGUGUCCACGGGGUUGUAAAUCUGGUUCACAUUGAGGUGCAGCGUAGAAAUAGUAUCCUUGGCGUCACAGACCCUGGCAGAAUAAGCAUGUUCUGAGAAACCUCUACAGUUGGUACAGCGGAGUUCUAAACCCACUCAGGACCAAGAUGCGCCUGGGGAAAGGCGAUAAGAAGUUGAGUCAGAAGGAGCUGAGGAAUUUAUUCAUCAGGGAUUAUGUCAAGAGCGGGCGGAUGAAAUGGGCUCGUCACAGAGAGAAGCUUUUCGCUGGUCCAGUUCGGGGUCUAUCAACAUGGGAAUCCUGGAAGUACCAAGUGUCCAGGUCGUGGAAGAAAUUCAGGAUUCAUUCAAGAGAAGUGAUGUAUUCCAUCGAGUUAUGGGGAAGCUCAUUCCGUGGGAUAGAAGGUCACCAAGGUACGGGGGUGCUGUCCUACUUUGUAUUCCUGAGGUGGUUGUUUGGCCUCAACUUUGUGCUGUUUCUCCUCCUGUUCGGUUUCAUCACUGUGCCCAUGAUCCUGCAGCCUGCCAUCAACUACAGCGGCACCAGCACCGACACCGCCGUCAACCUCUCCUACUACUGCACAGAACUGUACAUCCUCAACAUCUCCACCAAUGCAGCAGAACUCAUACUCGAUUUCAUACAGGGAACGGGCUACAUGGAGAAGACGUACCUGUUCUAUGGCUUCUACUCCGGCACCCAGUUCCUGACGGGGUCUGGCGUUUCCAGCAGCUACGUGUACAACGUGCCCCUCGCCUACUUCCUCGUCGCCGUCGUGUGUCUACUUGUCAGCCUGUUCCUCAUGGCUAAAUACACGGCCAGGGGAUUUCGGGAAUCCAUCAUGGACGAACGCGAGAACGGCAACAGCUGCAGCAACAAAGUGUUCGCCAGCUGGGACUACUCCCUCAGUGACGCCAAGACGGCCAAGAUCAAGCACAACAGUAUCCACUAUGAUAUAGUCAGUGAUCUCGCCGAGGAGCGGUUUGACAGGGAGCGGGGCGAGAAAUUGAAGGAUGGGUGCAAGCGCUUCAAACUGUACUUUGUCAGGUUCCUGGUCAACGGCUUCGUCCUCGCCUGCCUCGCUGCGGGCGGCUACGUCAUCUUCUAUGUGACCACAUGGUCUUCCAGGUAUGUGGCGUCCAACAGCUCAGCCACGGGAACGUCCGCCUACAUCCUCCUGGUGGUACAAUACAUGCCCUCCAUCAUGAUCACCGUCCUCAACGCCGCAAUUCCCAUCGUCUUCAACAUCAUCGUCAAAGCUGAACAGUACACCCAGGACUUCGUUGUCAAGAUCACCCUUAUCAGGACUGUGUUCCUGCGCCUUGCCUCACUCGCAGUGCUGGUCGUGUCCUUGUAUACUGACAUCAUCUGUGACCCAAGGGACUCGUGCCUAACCAACCAGGCGCCAUGUACCGUCAUCAAGUGCUGGGAGACGUACGUGGGACAACAGAUGUACAAGUUGGUCAUCCUGAACUUCCUGGUAACCGUCAUCAAGGUGUUCCUGGUAGAGCUCCCGAGAAAGCUGGUGGUCCACAGGUGCAGGGCCAAGUUGUUCCAGAUCAUCGGCCCCCCGGAGUUCCAGAUCGCACAGAACGUCCUUGACCUAAUCUACACCCAGACUGUAUGUUGGUUGGGAUUCUUCUUCGCUCCCCUGAUACCGGCCAUGAUAGUGAUACAUCUGUUUGUGUUGUUCUAUGCCAAGCUUUUGUCGGCCCUGGUGGCGUGCGAGCCGUCCAAGAGGCCGUACCGGGCGUCUCGCUCCAACUCCUUCUUCAUGAUGGUGCUGCUCCUGGCCUUCUUCCUCUGCUGUGUUCCCGUGGGCUACACCAUGGCCGCCUUGCCUCCCUCCAAGGGGUGUGGUCCGUUCCGCAUCUACAGCAUGAUGUACAGUGUCAUUCAGUACACAGUAGCUGCAUGGCCCGACAUCGCCGAGACCAUCUACAACGUUGCAACAUCUGCUGCCGUCACGGCUUCAAUCAUUAUACUAUUGUGCCUGUUGGUGUAUUACUGUUCAGCAUUGAAGGGAGCCCACAUCGAGAAGACCAAGACACUGAUGCAUCAACUUAAAGUUGAGGGACAAGACAAGCGGUUCCUGCUUGCCAGGCUACAGGAGGUGGCGGGCGAGACCACACCCAUUCUGAAGGGUCGCAGGACACCCCGUGGGGUCAGCCAGAGACCUGAUUCCGGCAGCAAGAGGAAGCCCCGCACGAGGGACAGCCAGCGUUCGGACACCCGCCUGAACAUACCACCCGAACAAAGCAAUGGCAAAUCUCCGCACCCUAACCAGCCAGCUGACGACGAUUGGUGAUCUGCAUGUGACCAUCAUGCGUCAACUGUCUGAAUUUUUCCGCGCACCCUGUGAUAAAGUGUUAACGUUAUUUUCAUAUUCACUGUGCCAAUAUAUGAAAAUUGUUAUGUACAUAUUGACAUUUAAAUCUGCCUCUUAUUUGGCCGCUGCAACGUUGCCAUGAUGGUUCCAUCUGACCACGUGUUGACUUCUCCUACCAGCAGCUGUAAUGAGGAACACAAGAGUGGCCUUGCUUUGACCUCGGUGUCACAGUCCCCACUCGUUACACCCACAACGAAUAUACUGUUGUUUUUGUUCAUGACCAGACAAAUGUUCCGAACCACAGCCAUGAUUAGUUGACGAACUUGUUGUUUACUCACUCUGAAACAUGAAACCAUUAAACUUGGAACGAUAACACGAAACAAUAAACAUAAAACAGUAAACAUAACACAUUAACGAAUAAACAUAAAACAUGGAACAAUAAACAUGGAACAAUAACAUGAAACACUAAACAUGAAACAGUAAACAUAACACAUUAACGAAAAAACAUAAAAUAUGGAACAAUAAACAUGGAACAAUAACAUGAAACACUAAACAUGACACAGUAAACAUAACACAUUAACGAACAAACAUAAAACAUGGAACAAUAAACAUGGAACAAUAACAUGAAACAAUAAACAUGACACAGUAAACAUAACACAUUAACGAAAAAACAUAAAACAUGGAACAAUAAACAUGGAACAAUAACAUGAAACAAUAAACAUGAAACAGUAAACAUAACACAUAACGAAAAAACAUAAAACAUUGAACAAUAAACAUGAAACAGUAAACAUAACACAUUAACGAAAAAACAUAAAACAUGGAACAAUAACAUGAAACAAUAAACAUGAAACAGUAAACAUAACACAUAACGAAACAACAUAAGCAUGGAACAAUAAACAUGGAACAAUAACAUGAAACAAUAAACAUGAAACAGUAAACAUAACACAUUAACGAAUAAACAUAAAGCAUGGAACAAUAAACAUGAAACAAUAAACAUGAAACAAUAAACAAUAAACCAUGGAACAUGAAACAUAAACGAAAAAACAUAAAACAUGGAACAUAAAACAUAAACGAAGAAACAUUAAACAUGGAACAAUAAACAUGAAACAGUAUACAUGAAACAUGGAACGAUAACAUUAGUCAUGAAAAAUAGACGUGAAACAUGAUACAUUAAAGUGCAAAGGAGUAAACUAAACGCAUGCUGCAUUUGUCAGUGUGUCCCAAGGACAGAGGGAGAAGGGAUUCAUAUCUCCAUAGUUAUUUCAAAUAAUGUUUUACUCGUCUUUUGUUGUGAACAUACACGGUUAUUGCUAUCUUGACGUGAUCAAUCUGUGAUCAUUUACCUGUCUAGUUGAUAUGUUACCUGGUCAAUCUGUCACCUGGUCAUUCUGUGAUCUGAUCAUCUCUUAUCUGUCUAGUUGAUUUGUUACCUGGUCAAUCUGUGAUCUGAUCAUCUCUUACCUGUCUAGUUGAAUUGUUACCUGGACAAUCUGUGAUCUGAUCAUCUCUUACCUGUCUAGUUGAUAUGUUGCCUCCUCAAUCUGUUACUUGGCCAAUCUGUUAUCUAAUCAGUCUUUCACCUGUCUAGUUAAUAUGUUGCCUCGCCAAUCUGUUACUUGGUCAAUCUGUUACCUGGUCAAUCUGUUAUCUGAUCAGUUUUCACCUGUCUAGUUGAUAUGUUGCCUCCACAAUCUGUUAUCUCAUCAUUCUCUUACAUGUCUGUUUAAUCUGUUACCUGGUGACUGUGUAACCCGGUCAUUGUGUUACCUGAUGGUCAAUCUGUAACCUGCCAUCCAGUAUUAAGACUAACUGUAAUGUGAUAAGCCUGUACCUUAUGUAUACUCUGUGUUUGGAACGAUGAGUAUCCGUCCUGUGUACAGAUUCAGUGUCCAUGUGAUGUGUAACAAACCCCAUGUCGUCUAUCCGACGGUACCACGUGGAUGUGGCCACACUUUUCUUGUGAUAACAAAUAAUUUCCCCAUGCAGUAUGUUUCCAAUCUGCAUAAUAAAAUCUAUAAUGAUAAUAUUUGCACAAUUCUUACUUCGUAAAGAUACAUGAAUAUUAUGCUAUAUUUUUGCAUAUAUGUAAUAGGUAUGUAUUUAAACUGUAUAUACAUCAAGUGUAAACAAUGAACAGUAUUUUUCUUAUGCGGGGUCGCUCUGAACCACAGCGGAGGCAACCCCUAGCCAGGAUAGCUUUAAUACACAGGCUACCUUCAUCUGGCUUCACCUCCUGUCUCUGCAACAGCCUCAUUUCGAACUACUUUUGACGAGACGCUUUCCUAGUGUUCCGUUCUCAGUGAGAUGCUAUGUACAGCUGACAGAUGCUAUGUACAGGUCUCCGCACGGAUGUGGAUUCCAUUGCUGCGAAAACGUCCAAAUCUCCCAGAUCUCGUCACUGGUCACGAAUCUUGCACCUUUAGUUCGAGUGAAGUGCCUUUCAAUGUACACGACUAACCAUUGACACAUGGAUAUGGGGUGCACCUUAUCUGGAGCUGAGAUCUAGUGUUGUUCCACGUGGUUCUUUCAUGUGGCCAAGAUUUGUUUUUUGUUGAAUAUUCUGUCUAUUUCUGAAUAAAUCUACCGUGAAUGUG